CCAUGCAUCGCACUAUUUCGCUCCCUCCCCUGUGAGCGAGACCCGGACUGUCUGCACUGUAUCGUCAUCCUGCACCGUGCUGAAGUCGGUUUGUACACACAGCCUGCUACACUGAGUCCCAGAGGCUUGGUGUAAAACAGGUCCAACAUGUCUGAACUUUUUAUGGAAUGUGUGGAGGAGGAGUUGGAGCCAUGGCAGAGACAAAUCCCAGAGGUUAACUUGGUAGAUGAUGAUGAUGACGAUGAACCCAUCUUUGUCGGAGUUCUGUCUAAUAACCAAAAGGAUAGCAAAGCCACCCCUCCUCCUCCUCAGAGGACCAGUACAGGAAAGCAAGAAAUCAAACUCCCUGCUUGUCAACCUGCUGCAGGCUCCUCACCAAUCAUACUGCCUCUAAGCGUAACUGGAAAACCACUGAAUACAGCAGCACCCAUCGUGUCAACAGUAACACCACAGCCUGUUAUUGUUAAUAACCAGGGGUUCAUUGUCACUUCUCCACAAUUAACAAACAGCACUGACUUCAUUGCCUCUCUUGGGUCGCAAUAUCCACCUGGCACUUCAUUCACAAUUGUACCAGCGGGUCAGCAGCAGAUUUUUCAGCAGGUCACUCCAACAACAAUAAUCCCUGGUGUAGUCCACAGGCCUCAGGUGCAGCAAAUCAGCAACAAUGUUGUGACGCUGUCUAAUGUCCAGAGUCCUGCUGUGUAUUCAACACAGACUAAACAGUUGCUGCCCAACCGGACCAACUCACAGACUCCUCAAAUUAUUUCUGUGCCUUUUCAGGCCAAUAGCAGUAUUAGAGAUCAAGGUUUACUCAAACGAACAUUGCAGCCACAGCAAGCAGACAGCACAGCAAAAAGAGCCAGGACUGAUUUGGGGCUGGUGACUGUAACCAACCCAGUGGAAAAUGGGGUCUCUAAACGUAUCUUUAAGUGCACCAACUGCCAAAGGGAAUUCCUUCAACAGGAUGCGCUGAAAAGUCAUAUGACAAGCUGUGGAUCAAACAAGGGGGAAGGCACAUUCCAGUCAUCAGUAAUGCAGGUUGGUGCGAACAAGCGCAUCAUGUUGGUCGCAGACUUCUACUAUGGCCGAUUUGAAGGAGAUGGGUUGAAGAAAGAGGGACAGAAGACCAACACUACAUUCAAAUGCCAGAGCUGUUUGAAGAUUCUCAAGAACAAUAUCAGGUUCAUGAACCAUAUGAAACACCACCUGGAGCUGGAAAAGCAGAAUAGCGAGAGCUGGGAAAGCCACACAACGUGCCAGCAUUGCUACCGGCAGUACCUGACUCCAUUCCAGCUGCAGUGUCACAUCGAGAGUGCUCACAGCCCGAUCGAAUCCACAACCAUUUGCAAAAUUUGUGAGCUAGCAUUUGAGUCUGAGCAAGUGCUCUUGGACCACAUGAAGAACAACCACAAGCCUGGAGAAAUGCCAUACGUCUGCCAGGUGUGCAAUUACAGGUCCUCUUUCUUCUCAGAUGUGGAGACACAUUUCCGUAGUGUCCAUGAAAACACAAAAGACCUGCUCUGUCCCUUCUGCCUUAAAGUUCUUAGAAGUUGUCAUGUAUACAUGCAGCACUACAUGAAACACCAGAGAAAAGGUAUCUAUCGCUGUGGAAAAUGCAGACUGAAUUUUCUUUCCUACAAAGAAAAAGUGGAACACAGGAGUCACGUUCACAAGACAUUCAAAAAACCUAAAGCACUGGAGGGUCUCCCUGCUGGAACCAAGGUGACCAUUCGAGCCUCCUUAACAGGGAAGAUGCCCACAUUGCAGAGCGUUCCAGAUCGAUCUGGUUUCAUUGUCCCUCCAGAAAUGCAGAGCCCUGAGCCUUCAGUCAGUGUGUCGAAGUCAAAGUCAAACUAUGGAGCAGGGAAAUCCAAAACUCCACAGGGCAAGAAGCAAGACCCUCUGACCUCCAAACACAACUUAGCGAUCAAGAAUCUAAGACCCAGUGGCAGCCACUACACGUGCAUCGAGUGCAUGUCACGGAUUGACAACUUCUUCUCUCAUUUCCCGAUGGUUUUAAACUGUGGUGCCUGCAAAUACCGGACAAGUUGUAAAGUUUCCAUUGGGAAUCAUAUGAUAAGGUUUCAUAGUACCAUCGUCAAAAACAGAUUUUCAAAACUGGAAAGUAGGAAAAAUACACCCGCAUUAAAAUUAACCCUCGUCUGUCUCAACUGUGACCUCCUGGUGGAUGCGUCUGGUGGUGACCUGAUGACCAAACAUUUAACUGACCGACCAAAUCACAUAUGCAGAGUUAUUCAAGAGAAAGCAGAUAUCAAAGCCAAAGAUCGAGUGCACCCCUUGGGACAGUCAGCCAAAGCCUUUUACCUCUUGACAUCAGCACCUGCUCAUGUACCAAAGGAAACAGACCUAAAAUCCAUUAAAACUAUCUCAUCUGGAAGUGCUCAUGUCAAAUCUGUUGACCAGCAGCCAACAGAGUCGAUGCAACACGUGGGCAAUCAGGACAAACAAACCACAGAAACAGGAGUCACUGAAGGUUCUUCUGAAAAGCAGUCGUCGCUGCCCAGUUUGUCUUCCUCGUGUCCUUCAGAUGCAGUUUUAGAUGUGUGUGAGCAGCCAAACGUCAGCUCAAUGAGCACAGAUGACAAAGAAGCACCCAAUGAAUCACUGAUUGAUGAGGAUGAGACAAGUGAACUAAAACCUGAAUCAGAGUGAACCUUCACAUCCACCGAGCUACAAAUAAGAGGUUUACUCUGUUAAAAACAUCUUCGUCUGCUUCAGGUUUAUCUGUUUCUCUUAUAGAUAUCAGUCUUUUGGCUUGAGUUGACAUUAGAGUAUAAUUCCUCCAAUGUAAAUUAUAUCUGUAUUUAGAAAUAAAAAUCCAUUACACUAUCUUUACUUUCUAUAUAAGAUUUAAAUUCAUUUGCAUAGUCAAUAUUCAAUAUCCAUGCACCUGAUACAUGUGUCCAUUUUGACGUAAAACAAGUUUUCGCUCUUUAUUCCUCAUACCAACUUAAUGGAGUUGCAUCAAAAGACAUAUUCAGAAAGAGUUUGUUUCUGCUUUUGGUUCGUUUUUGUUUGAACAGUUUGAUAUGCAUUUCUACCUGAGAUUAUUUCACGCAUUUAUUAUGACUUGCAAUGUUUUUCUAAACAUGUAGUUUUGGUCUGUAGGGACUUUUAGCAACAUGCUUAUCUAUUUUACAACAAUUACUCGAAUAUGCCCAUUAUUUACAUCAAAUUCACAGCUUUUUGUUUGAGUAUUGGUAUAUUAUUGACAUUUGUAUUUUGAGCAUCCCAGGGUAAUUUGUGUUUCUUUAAACCAUCGAGAAAUACAACUGUAUUUGUGUAGAAAGUUGUAGCAUUAAAUGAUCUUCCCCCGAGAAAAGGAAAAUGAAGUUUGUGAAAUCUGUGAGUGGUAGUGUUGGGGACAAAAUGGGGACUUUUUUGUGAAUGAGCAAAAAAAAAAAAAAGUCAAGUCUGCAUACAGCUACACCCAAGCAGAUUUACUGUUUUUCUCUUUUAAUUACAUUAAAGUGCCAGUUUAUAAAACAAAUAUGUAUGUGAUACUUGGUGUAGGUGCACAGCAUCAGCUGUAGACAGACGGUCACUCUGUUUCAGCUGCUGGUUGAUUAAGUUGCCUUUGAUUUGCAUUGACUGUAGAAAAGUAAAUUCCAUGAGGCUAUGGGAGUGGUUAAUGUGUGGAUUGUUUACUUUGUGUGGCUCACUGUCACAUUCUGUAUUUACAUUUUUUAAGAAAGGUUUUUACUUGUAUAUACUGUAUCUGUACAACCUUCAAAUACAUCGACAGUACGUCUAUAUCAGUGUAAAUGUAACCCCCUCAAGUCUGUUUUGGAUACAUUCCUCUAUGUCCUCAGAAAUCUAGAAGUUGCUGAGUUUGAAUCUGUUUUUUUUCUGUUGAUGUAAAUAAAUCUUUAAUACAAAGGGA